AUGAGCUUAGAUCCCUUGUCGCCUAUAGGCCCCGCGCGGGUUAGGGCACUUCUACUUCCCUUAGGCCAGAUCCGAGGCCCUCGAUUCUCCGGCUUCAUCGAGCGACUCCAGGAGGAACAUGUCGUCCACCUUCGGGACAUCACCCCUGAUGGCCGCCCGAAUCGCAUAGGCAUGUUCUCACCUCUUGCGUUUCGGUCCGGUGCCAUAUUCUACGACCUCAUCACCCACAUGCCACCGCCUUCCCACCUGGCCCUCUCGCCGUUUGAGCUCUAUCGCGAACCUUUGGUUAUAAUAGCUAUUGCUGAUGGGAAAGAGUUGGACCGAGAGGUAAUCGGGAAACGAAACUCUAUAAAUGGGAGAGCUCCUACCCUGAUAGAGCAGAAUAUUCGAUCCCUCUACCAGGAGCUCGAGGAUCUCCGCGAUAACUUCUCCAAAGCCUUGGUACACCAGGUGCUCAUCUUUGAUUAUGAGCCUCCCGAGGGCCUUGAAAUCCCCAUGCCCUUCGAGGGCAUUGCGACGAUCCCGACCCCCGAGAAAUGCAAGCGAACAACCAUAAAGGGUGUUAUGUGCGACAUUUCGUCGUUGCUGCUAGCUGAGAUGACGACACUUGCCAAGUCGAUAGAGGGAACAAAUUUCAUUGAUUCUCCUGGGCAAAUGUCUGGUUCGAGGGCCAACGGGUCGUCGUCUUGGGGCGGUUCUGAGGAUUUCGGCGGUCAUGGCAGGCGGAAUUCCCAGUUCGUCUCUGGAACGCGGUCUAAUUCGUCAGCUGGGCUCGCCGAGAGAGUCGAUCGGAGCCAUGUGCGUAUGUCGAUGCCUCCGGUACCUUUUAAAUCCUCACCCUCUAUCCUCCAUUCCGCCACCCCGUCAUCUCGGUCGUCGACGCCGGGGAAGAGUGCGUUAUCGAACCCGCCCACCACCUUUGAUGAGCUUGUCUCCAAUCAAGGCAGUGGCAGGUCAAGCCCAGAGCAGAGGCACUCCCGCCCUGGUACUGCGGAAGGCUUCCGACCGUCGAGUCAAGACAGAGUAUCCGUACAAGGUUUCGGGUCUGGUGGAGCGAACGAGAGGUGGAGGCUGAGAGGCAAAGCCCGGAGUGUCAUAGUUGUCGGAUCCAUGUAUCUCCAAGCAGGCAGAUGGCCUGAUGCACUGAAAGACCUUGUUGAGGGUGCUACGAUGGCUCGCUCUGUAAACGACCAUAUUUGGCACGGGAAGGCUUUGGAGCUGAUCGUCAUCUGCCUUCUCCUAUUAGGCUGGGCGGGCAUCGACUUCCAAGUCCCCAUUGUUUGCCUGCCGCCCCAAGAGAAGCAACCAAGCGACGGGGGCUUAAAGGAGGUGGACAAUCUAGACCCUAGACAGCCGGUGCGCUUUCGGAAUCUUCAAGUCAUCCUGCCCGAUCUUCUAGACCGCAUCCUGGGAUCAUACUCGAGAAUCUCCUCCGAAAACUUACCCCCUCUACCUCUCUCAGAAGCUGCGCUAAGAUUCUGCAAACUCUUAUCGUUCCUCCAUCUUGCGGAUGGAACCCUCAGUGAGGAUUCUAUACGGGCAAUCGUUCAUGGUGACCCGCCCGCGAAAAUUCUAACUACCUCUCCUCGUCUCACCGUAAAACCAAAUCGCCAGUUUAUUGCUAGCAUGGCAUUCCGCGCUUUCCCCUCUUCAGCAUCCGAACUUCUUACAGUCGUCGACCGCGUUACAAUAUUAAGCGGGAUAGCAUCGGUGCUAGGUCCUCUAGGUUACCACCGCAAAAAAGGCAUGGUAAUCCAGGAGUUGAUUUCGGUCUUGAUUAGUGGCCUGGUCGAAGCAAGGACCCGCGGCGCUGCCGAGGUGGGAAUACACCCGGCCGCCGGUCUAGUGGCGCUCGCAGCUGCGGACGGACACAGGAAACCAGCUGGAUCGGUGGCUCUUGAGCUUCAGGAAGGGGAUAUCGAACAAGGUAUCGAGUCAUUUCUCGCAAUUUUAUGCAAGACGUAUGGGAUUGUCGACUAUGACCCGAGCAACGGCUCCAUUGCGAAGGAAGAGGAUGUUACCUCUAGUGCUGAGACUGUCUCCCGAAUACGGAAGCAAACUGCCGCGAGGUUCUUUGGGUUUCCGAGCGUCAAGUUGAGCGUGCUUCGCGCAUGCAUCAACUUUUCAGAGGCACUUCCCGAUUUUAACGGUGUCUUGAAGUUCUCCAGUGACCUCAUGCGUACCGCCGGCUCUGGUGUGGCCCCUGGGCCGAGACGGGAGGAUGCGGCACCUACGAUCCCGAAGGAGGAGCAAGUAAGGCUUGUCACAAAUAUCGCCAAGACGUAUUCCUUGUCGAAGAGAUUAGGGCUUGACCAUCUUGCGGCCGAGUACUGGGAUGAGCUUCUGGUCCGGGGGAUCAUCCUCGACCCCCUGCCGGGGAGUAAAGUGCCCGUUGCUCAUUCUAAGAAUGUACUGCCCGGAGUGUCAACCUCUCGCACAUCGCAAGACGUCGAUCCUUUUAUUUACAACCCGUUCUUAAAACAACCCGACAAGGCGGCGGUAGAUCAGACUCUUGUUGUGGGUGAGACGGCUACCUUUAGGGUUACGCUCCAAAACCCCUACGAUAUCGACCUCGACAUCGAAAGCAUUAAAAUUGUGGCCGAGGGGGCCGACUUCGAGCCCGCUACAGAAAGUACGAUUAUCGGGCCCUACCGAACACAAGUACUCAAGGUCCCUGGUAUUCCAAAGUCAUCGGGAAGCUUGAAAAUAACAGGGGCCCUGGUCCGCAUACGCGGCUGCCGCGAGAAACAUUUCCCAAUCUUCUCGCAGCCCUGGGUUCCCGAGAGGGUGCUCAAGUACAAAGCUACUGGUCUGGCGGCUCUCAACAAGAACCUAGCGCUUGAAGGACCGGCGCCACCGUCUCUCAUACCUACUGAACUCCCUCUCAAAGUAAUACCCGAGCAGCCUUUGGUGGCUGUGAAAUCUACCACGCUCCCACAGUCUUGUGUGAUGAUACUUGAAGGAGAGCGGCAGGUGUUCUCGGUCACGCUCAAGAACACUAGCAAAACUACGCCAGUGGAUUUUAUGCUCUUCUCGUUUGAGGAUUCGACCCAAGGUCCGCUACAGACGGCCCUCAAUAACCGCGACUCAACUCCGGCUGAGCUGUAUGAAUACGAACUUAUCUUGAUGAAGAAGCAAUCCCUAAGGUUGCGAAAGAAAGCGCAGGACAAGAGGUACAUCGCGCCUGGCGGCGAGGCAACGUUUGAGUUUGAGGUCCUAGGCAAGCCUGGACUUACGAGUGGCACCAUCCAGAUCGACUAUGCACACCUCGGCAUGGCGCCGGAGGAUAUUGUCGAUCAGUUCCACACCCGGCGGGUGAGUGUGCAGUUAACCGUCACUGUCAACGCCAGCGUUGAAGUUUCCCGGUACGAUAUCCUCCCGAUCCUUGGAGAGGUGCCCGAAUCUCUAUGGAACCGCGUUAGGAAAUCUGGUGGUGAGGACGACCAGCCUACAUUCUCAGCGGACAGGUAUUGCCUGUUGUCGUUGGAUCUAAUCAACGCCUGGCCAAGCACGAUGCUCCUCCGUAUCGAAGGCGAGGAUAACGUUUCCGUGGAAGAAUAUAUUUUGCCAGGCAACACAUCCCGAGUUGUCUUCCCUAUAAGACGCAUCUUCGUUGAGGACCCUCACGCCUCGAUCCCGGCUCUGAAUCCCAAGCGCAAUCGCCAGUUUGUCGUCAGCACUAGCAAGACAACUCCCGACUUCGAGCGUGGGGUACGAGAAGCAUUCUGGUAUCGAGAGAAGCUCCUCGAUUCUCUAAGGGCUACAUGGAAGACACUUUCCGGACCACAGCGCUCGGGAACCGUUGAGCUACGCGCUCUCCGAUUGGCCAGCAGAAUGGUCGAUGCUCUUAAGGUCGAGGAUGUUGGAAUCGAUAUCUUUGUCGAAAAUCCAGAUGACGAGGAGGAAUCCGAGCCGGCGUCUCAUCACAAGGCUAUGUUUGUGGAUGACUUUGCGCAGGUGAGGGUCCGCAUCGCCAACAGGACGAUCCGGCCAAUAUACCCUCUCCUCCGGCUGAUGCCGGCCCUCUGCAACAGGCCUAGCAACGUCGCGCUAGACUACUCAAGAAAGUUCGCCUGGAACGGGACGUUACAACAGGUCCUCCCUCUCUUGGACGCCAAGAGUAGCACCGACGUCAUCCUCGGGGUGACCGUAUUGUGCCGAGGACAGUUCGAGAUAACGGCCUCAGUAGAGGAGACUGUCUUAUGGCGGGACGCUGAUGAGGAGGAAGCAGACGAGAAGGAGAAAUCCGGCGCGAGAGCACGGUCCGACACGCAGACGAUGCUCGAUGCGGUGUUGGGGAAGAGAGAGAGGAGGAUAUGGCAUGCUCGGAGGCCUUGUCUGGUUACUGUACGGGAUCAGGAGUAA